UACUAGAUACUUCACCCUUCUUCCUUCCUUUAAGGCGGUCCCCCUUUUCGAGGUUUCCGCCCAUUUCGUCUUCAGAUUUUGGUUUUCCAAUCGCUUUGAUUUGCGUAUCCAUCAGCUGGGUCACAUCGAUCAUCAUCAGCUUGGCAGAGUUUUGAGGCUUUACGUUAUCUCUCUGACUGGAUUUGGAAUCAUGUUGGCUCAUUUCGCCAAGGGAAUUGCCAGGGCGGCGGGUUCCGCCGGUGCCCCGCACGCUGCUCGGGGAGCUCUUGUGCCUGGAGUGAGGAGUUAUCAUGAGAAGGUUGUAGAUCAUUACGACAACCCUCGCAAUGUUGGAUCUUUCGACAAGAACGAUCCUAAUGUUGGGACUGGCUUGGUUGGUGCCCCAGCAUGUGGAGAUGUUAUGAAGCUGCAGAUUAAGGUGGACGAUAAGACUGGGGAAAUAGUUGACGCUUGUUUUAAGACCUUCGGUUGUGGUUCUGCCAUAGCUUCAUCAUCUGUGGCUUCUGAGUGGAUCAAGGGGAAGCCUAUGGAGGAAGCCGUGAGUAUCAGAAACAGUGAUAUUGCCAAACAUUUGUCUUUGCCACCUGUGAAGUUGCACUGCAGCAUGCUUGCUGAGGAUGCUAUUAAAGCGGCUGUGAAGGACUACAAGGCUAAAAAAGCCAAAGAAGGGACUGAACCAUCCCACAGCGAGCCUAUUGCUGCAUCAGCAUAGAUGACACCGUCUGCGUCUUUUCAAAUUAAAUGACAAGUCUAACCACGGCAACACAACUUGUCAUGGCUUGAUGUUUAAAAACUCCGUAUUGUAGCAAUUCCAUGGUUUUCAAAUAGUUAUGAUGCAAAGUUGUGAAGCAGCCUUAUGAAAGUUCAAGUUGAAGAUUAUGCUGAAGGUUAUUUGUUCUGGGGUUUCCAAGUUAUGGCUUUCAAGAUGCGGGCUUCAGGUGUUAUGUCCCUGAGUAAUCUAUUUAGAUAGUAUUGUAACGUGGCAAGUGCGGACAGAUGAACCAGAAUAGGAGUUCACGUUUCCACUGGUACAUUUUAGCAGUGUACAGAAAAGGUCUUAGAUACAGGGCGCAAGUGUAUCUUAAUGGAUUUAUGUCUCUAGGUUGGAAAGACCAGAGAAAAAUCCCCAAACAGGGUACUGAUUUCUGAGUUUUAAAUAGAGGGUCAGUAACAACCAAGUUAAAGAACUUUCCCCCUUUUUGUUAUUACGAAGCAAAUACUUUGAUAUGUUCUUCACAUUAAAAAAAGAAAAGAACACGUUUACUUCUGAUACCAGCAACGCACGGCGUGGCUGCUACUUCAUCUCCUGUU